AUGUCGACAAUAUUCUCACAGAGAGGUCGCAAAGACAAACACCAUGAUGUGCCUAACGCUUCUACCUACCACCGCGAUCCUAUCCUUUGGUUUGAACGCCAAGUUAAACACAUCCAGCGAGACUUACAAAUCCUAAUCGAUGCGCAGAGUGAUGGUCUUCUUGCUGGUUUAUCGGCACCGGGCAAGGAUGGCGGUCCUUCCAGCGAAGACCCUACACGUUCUUCCGAACCGAGUAGUUCUCAGAAACCACCUAACGCAGCCAUCAAGCGGUCUGGGAAGAGGAAGAUUGGGUUACGGGCCGCACGGGAGGGAAUAUUGAAAUCCAUGCACGAUAUACUAAAGCUUAGGGAGGAACAGCAAGAGAUAAUUGGGGCCCAAAUUGGUGGAAGAAAUGUUGCACUGAUGGAGAUUAACAAACUUAGUUCCAAAAAGACCGGUCUAGAGGAGUCCAUUGCGGCCAUACAAAACGAUAAUGGGAUACAGAAAGGUGCAGAGCUCAAGGAAGAAGCUCGUAACCUUGAGGCAGACAUCAAUGAACUAGAAACAAGGCUAUACGAGAUGAAGGCGAGGCAUCGCCGUGUCCUUGACGAAAUCUCGCAACACGAGAAUGCAGUCGAGGCUAAGUUGUCUUCUUACAAGGCUUCUUUGUCGCUGGUAGAAUCGAAUAUCCGAGAAUGCCUCCGCUACCCACCCGUCGAACCUCUAGCAUCCGUUGCGGCUGAUACCGCGUUCUAUUCCUUAAAUCCGAAACGUCGAACACUCGAUAUGGCUAAAGCGCAUUGGAAAAGUGAGAAAGUUGCGCUUGAAAACAAACAGCAAGAAAUAAACCUGGAGGUGGAAGCUCUCGAGGAAGGGGUUGAUGUGUGGAAACAAGUGGUCACUGCAGUCUCGAGCUUCGAAAGACGCUUGAAGGCUGAAAUGCGGCGAUUUAUCCAAACAAAGUCGCAGCUUCUGCAUCCCGAUACAUCUAUUUCUAAAAAAUCGAAAGACGAACAAGUUAAGGCGAUAUUAGAGGACUUGGAACAUACUUCGAGUUUUGUGGCGGAGAAAUUGGAACUUGCUGAGGAGAAGGAUUGGAGGUUGCUUGUUUGCUGCAUUGGCGCAGAGCUGGAAGCCUUGAAAGAGGCACAUGGCCUGCUUUCUAGUGCGUUCAAUGUACCAGUUGAAGAUCCAUCUGUUCCUGAGAAAGAACCCGACAAUGCAGAUACCCGGGAUGAACAUCAUGACGACUCACAUACGGAUCUGCAUGAUGUCGAUAACCCAGAACCUCCGGCCGACUUGCUGAGAGAUACAGAUACGCAUUCUCACGAUGCCAUCUACAGAUCAGAAGAUGACGAACCGGAUCCUGCAUGGCUUCUUCCCGAAACUUAA